CAUUUGCUUGAUUAAUCAUUUUGAUUCGACCAAUAAUGUGUUAGUAUACCGAUAAGAGACCAAGUAUUCAUUGAUGAAUGAGGCCUCUUUCUUGGUGUCUUCCUGAGCAUUUGAUUUUUCAUAUAUCAAGUGAUUAAGAGUACUGCGAACAAAUACAAUUAAUUCUCUGUACUCUUACCAAAUAUAGGCAAUCCAUCUUUAUAUUACCAGCUGCAGCUUAAAAACCAUUCAUGAGAAAGCUUAGGAGUUUGGAGAAGUUAUGUCGCUUGUUAGGGGUAUCCUCUCACAAUCGCCUGAAAAUACAAGGAUCAUUAACGCUUUUUGGCUUUGGUUUCGUUCUUGGAGCUUCAAUACUUCUUCUUACAACUAUCAUAUUCAUGUUCCCUUCAAUUUCCCUAUCGUUAAUGAAUCCCAUGCUUCAGAACAGUGCUAACAUAUAUUUUCAUAUACCUUCUUUUGGGCAUAGGCAUUCUAAUACUUCAAGUAAUGGUACCACGACUACUAGUGUAGCUGCUACUACUACUAAUUCUGCUUCCUCUUCUCCUCUCGAGGUGCUCAAAAACUCCCCUAGUAAUCAUCAAAGUAAAACGAAGCGCAGUAAAAAGAGUUUUAAUAAAUCAAGUCUUGUUUUGGCUGAUCUACCUGGUGGAGAAUCUGUCAAUACAAAUGAUAAUUCUAUUGCAAGGGCAAGCAACUUUUCUGGUAGUAGUAGUAGUAGUACUAGUAGACUAAAUGAUGCCAAGAAACAAGAAAAGAGUUGUGAUUCUUCUGAUGGCGAUUGCGAUAUUUUUGAAGGUGAAUGGGUUAGGGACGUCGAAAGCCAACCAUAUUAUCCUCCUGGUUCUUGUCCUUUUGUCGACCAAACCUUUGCUUGUUACCACAAUGGAAGACCUGAUGAUCAGUUCCUCCAGUGGCAAUGGCAAUGGCAAUCUAAGCAAACAAAUGCAAGGUGUAACAAUAUACCCAGCAUCCUUAAUGCAACUGAUUUUCUGGAGAGACUGAGAGGGAAAAAAUUGGUAUAUGUUGGUGAUUCAUUGAACAGGAAUAUGUUCGUGUCUAUGUUGUGCAUACUUUGGACUGUCAUUCCAGAUAAGAGCAGAGUUUUCAGGAUCCCUAAGACUGAUGGAUACGCUAUGAGAUUUGAAGACUACAACUGUACAGUAGCAUUUGUCUGGUCUGCGUUUCUUGUGGAUGAGACAAAAAGAAAUACUCGUAAAAACAAAAUGGUAACACCAGGGACUGAAACUCUAAGGUUGGAUUUGAUUGACGAGGUUGCAUCAUUAAUGUAUCAUGAUGCUGAUGUUAUAGUUUUUGAUUCGAUGCAUUGGUGGACUGGUUCUAAAACCAAUAACGGAAUAAACUACUUUCAGGAUGGUAAUUACGUGUACCCUAAACUUAGUAUAUUUGAAGCAUAUAAGAAAGGUCUUACAACAUGGAGGAGAUGGAUUGACAAGAACAUUGAUUCUAAUAGAACCCAAAUCGUUUUUAGAGGAUAUUCGAUUCCCCAUUAUGUAGGCGGGAAAUGGAACACAGGUGGAAAAUGCAACAGAGAGACGGAGCCAAUCAUGAGUAAUGAAAAAUACAAAGAGAUGUACCCGUCGCAAGUGAAAAUACUAAAUGAUGCUCUAAGACAAAUGACGACUCCUGUUUUAUUUCUGAAUAUUAGUAAGCUAUCUUACUAUCGAGCCGAUGCACACCCUUCAGUGUAUGGCAAAGAUUUGAAAACUGCUGAAGAGAAGAAUGAAGCCCUUAAUCAUCAAGAUUGUAUUCAUUGGUGCUUGCCUGGUGUGCCUGAUACAUGGAAUAAGUUGUUGUAUGUAUCUUUAUUGAAGGCCGGUAAAGGAUCUUUUGGCCACCGCAAAACCGAAACUUAACCUCAAAAACAAAUGGAACCCCAAUUGAAAAUAGAUUGAUUCUUGCUGCAUAAUCCUACAACAUUUGCUUUGCCACUGCCACUUCUGUAGUGUGACAACCUUUUUCCUACAGUACGCCCCAAUGGGCUUUACUACAGUAUCGAUAGGGAUCCACAAUUAGGCCUGUUUUAGUUUCCAUCAUUACAGGAUCAAGAUGGAUCGGUGUGUAUAUGCAGGCAAGGCAUAUUGCUGGUGAUUUUUUCUUUAUUUUUCCUCUUGCAGCUAUAUAAUGAGAUAAAGUAUGGUUAUUACGAAGUAACUCCUAGUUUUCCGAUA